CCAGGGGACCAGCCAGGAGGGAGAGAAGCAACUCCAGACCCCCUUGUGAAUAACCCCUCAGAGCCACAGCCUCAGACAAGCAGCCAGGUGGGAUUUUUUUCCCUCUCACACACACUGCAUCAGGGCUCCGCCAUCUCCCAGCUGGACUUGAGCCCCUUCUGGAAAGGACACCAUGAGCACAGAAAGCAUGAUCCGGGAUGUGGAGCUGGCCGAGGAGGCACUCUCCAAGAAGGCAGGGGGCCCCCAGGCCUCCAGACGGUGCUUGUGCCUCAGUCUCUUCUCCUUUCUGCUCGUCUCAGGGGCCACCAUGCUCUUCUGCCUGCUGCACUUCGGGGUGAUUGGCCCCCAGCGGGAAGAGCAGUUCCCGGAUGGCCUUCAUCUACUCAGCCCCCUGGCCCAGACACUUAGAUCAUCUUCUCGAACCCCAAGUGACAAGCCUGUAGCCCAUGUUGUAGCAAACCCCCAAGCCGAGGGGCAGCUCCAGUGGCUGAGCCGGCGUGCCAACGCCCUCCUGGCCAACGGUGUGGACCUGACAGACAACCAGCUGGUGGUGCCGUCGGAUGGGCUGUACCUCAUCUACUCCCAGGUCCUCUUCAAGGGCCAAGGCUGCCCCUCCACCCCUGUGCUCCUUACCCACACCGUCAACCGCUUCGCCGUCUCCUAUCAGACCAAGGUCAACCUCCUCUCUGCCAUCAAGAGCCCCUGCCAGAGGGAGACCCCAGAGGGGACUGAGGGCAAGCCCUGGUAUGAGCCCAUCUACCUGGGAGGGGUCUUCCAGCUGGACAAGGGAGAUCGACUCAGCGCCGAGAUCAAUCUGCCCAACUACCUGGACUUUGCUGAGUCUGGGCAGGUCUACUUUGGGAUCAUCGCCUUGUGAGGGGGAUGGACACCCAUCUUCCCCUGUCCCCUCACCCUCCUCAGUCCCUUUGGUAUCCAUUCCUCAGACCUCCUCGUCCCCUUCUGGCUUAGAAAGGGAAUUAGGGGCUCAGGGCUGGGCCCCAAGCUAAUAACUUCAAAUAACAACACUUGGAAACGUUAGGAUGCCAGGAGGUGUGGCCUGGACAGUGGGGAAUCAGCCACCACCUAGAAUUCAAAAUGGGGCUUCCAGAACCCACUGGGGCCUCAGCUUUGGAUCCCUGAAUGCAACCUAGGACACUGGAAUGUGGAGACCGGAGAACCUUUGGUUCUGGCCAGAACACUUCAGACAUUCCUCACCUAGAACCUGACAUGAGUGGACCUCAGACCCCCCUCUCUCCAGGUGUUUCCAGGCUGUACCCCGAGAUACAGAGCCCAGCCCCUGCCCCUCCCCACAGAAUGCCCCCCCCUCUAUUUAUGUUUGCACUAGCAGUUAUUUAUUAUUUAUUUAUUAUUUAUUUAUUUACAAAUGAAGGUAUUUAUUCGGGAGAUCGGGGUGUCCUGGGGAACCCAAUGUAGGGGCUGCCUUGGCUCAGACGUGUUUUCUGUGAAAACAGAGCUGAACUUUAGGCUGUUCCCACCUGGCCUCCUGGCCUCUGUGCCUCUCUUUGCUUAUGUUUUUUAAGAAAUAUUUAUCUGAUCAAGUUGUCUGAAUAAUGCUGAUUUGGUGACCGACUGUCGCUACAUCGCUAAACCUCUGCUCCCCAGGGGAGUUGUGUCUGUAACCGCCCUACUAGUCAGUGGCGAGAAAUAAAGUUUGCUUAGAAAAGAAACAUGGUCUCUUUCUUGGAAUUAAUACUGCAUCUGCCCCCUUCUCUCUUGGGGGUGAGGAGGCUGCUCUCUGAAGUCCA